AUGAAGAACCCUAAUUUUAUCGUGUUUAUCCCUUUACUCAUCUCUAGAAAUUCUGCUACUACUCUUUCUCCUCCACGUCUUAUACUUCAUCUUCUCCACAUCUUCUACCUUGUCUUGCCCAUGUCUGGGUUUUCCCAAGCAAGCAGUCGUAUAAAAUCUCAUUCAAACUUCAAAUCAAACCAUGGCAAAUGUCUGUGCGGCCUAGAAGCACCACUGAUGACAUCAUGGACUGAUUCUAACCCAAGACGAUGCUUUUAUGGCUGUGGGAUGUAUAAGCUUGUGGGACAAAAGAGGUGUGGCCAUUUUGUUUGGUAUGACGAAGAGAUGACCCAAGAGCAAAAGAAAUGA